GGCGACGCCUUUACGCCCGCCGAGAUCGCCAUCGCCCUGGAAGAACGGGAUGCAACACUCCGGCAACCAUUCAUACCGCCGCCAGGCGAGCGACCGUACGAAAAAGUCUCACUGGAUGCGCUGAUGCCGACACAGCGGGGCGUCGUGUUCAAAGGAAGAGUUCGCAACCUCCAGACGCUAUCAACGCGGGCAGUGAGCCAGGCGCCAGGGGCAGCGAAGGGUUGCCUACGCGUGGUGAUAGGAGAUGAGGGCGGCGCCGUGAUGUUGCGUCUCUGGCAUGCCCAGGCCGCUUACCCACUACGUCUCGGCCAGCUGCUCAAGGUCUGGACGACGCAUGUUGCGCAUGCGCCGGUGGUGACGUAUGCGCUUGCGCCUGAGAACGCGCCGCUUGUCACUAGCAUCUUCCCUGAGCGGGACCGUGGUUGCCAUGUCCAGCUGCUGGAGAGCAUGGUGCAUGAGAAGGAUUGCCAUGUCCCGUUGGGCUGCGCAGAGGCGGCUAGAAGUGGUAGGCCUGGUCAGAUUCCCGGACUAAUGGGCCUUGCGACGUUUGCAGAGGGAGGGUGUGAGGUGAGAGGCGCGAGGGUAUUGGUUUGCGUUAAAGGUAUCGGGGCUAGAAGGACAGUGAUGUGUAAAGACACCACCACCGCAACUACCGUCGCCUGCCGUGUCUUCGACAACACAACUUCGGCCACUCUCGACCUGUGGGAUGUUAGCGUCGACUCUACGUCGACCUGGGAACCGCACAAAACGAUUCUUCUCCUGACAGAACCCGUUUGCAGUCGUGUCAACAACACCAACGUGACCAUACAACUCAAGAUCAACAACUCUACGACCAUCGACAUCGACCCACUCCUCCCGGAUGUCCGCCGCCUCCGCAGUCACGCCCAGCACAUCCAGCAGAUCGACUCCCCCGCACCCCCUUUCCCCUCCAACAUCUUUGACAUGCCAGCCAUACAUGCCGCUCUGGCCGUCAGCCCUAUCGGCCUCGACUUAAGCAGGAGCAGGGUGCCAGCUCUUCCGCCGCUCCCACUCCACAGCCUCGCUGACCUCCACGCCGUCGCUCGUGCUUACCCGCUCCGCCCAUCUCUGGCUUACGCCUCAUUGCUGCUGCCCUCCCCAGAACUUACGGCUCUGCACCGCCGCGGGGCUCUCGCUAUCGGCAUUUGCCCGCGCUGCAGCCUUACGCUGCGAGCUAAUGCUCUCGAGGCAUCCUGUCUGCGCUGCACUGCACCUGCCAUCCCCUCCAGCACCGCCAGCACCGCCGUACCACUGCGCCUCAACCCGCGCAUACUCGGCCCGUUGGUCGACGAGACUGGCGCGCUGGAGCCCGGCGCACCGGCUGUGGCGGACGAGGCGUGGGCACAGUUGCUGGGGCGGAAGGUGGAGGAGGUGGUGCGCAUGAAGGGGGAUGAGUUGAGGGCGCUGGAGGAGAGGAUUGCGUGGGUGAGAGUGACGGUG